CCCCAGCCGCUGCCGGGCAUGGAGGACGUGGAGGCGCGCUUCGCCCACCUCCUGCAGCCCAUCCGCGACCUCACCAAGAACUGGGAGGUGGACGUGGCGGCCCAGCUGGGCGAAUAUCUGGAGGAGUGCCCGGAGUGCCGCAGCGCGAGGAGCUGUCCGCUCCGCUUCCGCCCUUGACUUUCGCUCUCACGUUUUGGGCUGCUCCCGUCUUGAUCGGUUUCGGUGUCUCCUGUUCGUCCGAUGUCAGUGCCCGCUUUUUCUUUCCCACCCAACCUUCCGUGCCUAGCGCCGCAGCUGGACCAGAUCUGCAUUUCUUUUGACGAAGGCAAAACCACAAUGAACUUUGUGGAGGCAGCGCUGCUGAUCCAGGGCUCCGCCUGUGUCUACAGUAAGAAGGCUGAAAACCGACUUCUGCGCAUGGGCCACGAAGUUUCAGUCGCCCUGUACAUGCGCUCGCACGUGGUAUUUUGUGGAAGAGCCACACUCAAGGGGCCAAAGAGCCGCAUGUGGCUCUCGAGCCGAGCUGCAGUUUGCCGAUCACCGGCCCAGAGGCAGCAUGCGCGCCCCCUGGUGGUUGAAUACCUCUACUCGCUGGUCUACCAGGCCCUCGAUUUCAUCUCUGGCAAGAGGAGGGCCAGGCAGCUCGCGGCGCAGGAAGACGGGGCCAGCAGGGACGCCAGCUCCAGGGCCUCCCAGCGGGUGGAGGAUGAGUUCCUGUCGCUGGAUGACCUGCCCGACACCCGUGCUAAUGUGGACCUGAGGAAUGAGCAGGCCCCCUGUGAGGUCGCCAUCGUCCCCCUCCUGCCCAUGGCCCUGGUAGCCCUGGAUGAGAUGGACAAGAACAGCCACCCCUUGUACAGCUGUCAGGGGGAGGUCCUGGCCAGUCGGAAGGAUUUUAGGAUGAACACGUGCACCCCUCACCCCCGAGGAGCCUUCAUGUUGGAGCCAGUGGGCUUGUCCCCCAGGGAGACUCUGCUGCCCAGGACGGCUGGAUGCGCUGAUGAGCAGCCAAUGGAAGUCUCUCUGAUCAGGAGUCCGGUCCCUGUGCCCGGCAUCUCCCAGGAGUCAGGCACGUCUCCAGAAGGCCCGAUGCCCGCAGGUGGGGAUGAGGAUGAGGAAGCAGAGGGGGUGGCAGAGCUCCCUGAGGUCCCCCUGGAGCCCCAGGAGUCCAGGAGCCCACAGCAGAGCACUGCCCAGCCCAGGAGGUUUGAGCUGAGGGAGAGGCGGGAGGCCCUGGAGCCUGUGUCCCAGCUGAAGGAGACCCCAGACCCCUGGCAGAGCCUGGACCCCUUCAGCUCCCUGGACUCUAAGCCCUUCAAGAAAGGUAAACCCUACUCCGUGCCCGCCUGCGUGGAGGAGGUUCCGGGACAGAAGCGCAAGAGGAAGGGGGCCGCCAAGCUGCAGGACUUCCACCAGUGGUACCUGGCCACCUAUGCUGACCAUGCUGAUAGCAGGAGGCUCCGGAAAAAGGGCCCGUCCUUUGCAGACAUGGAGGUUCUGUACUGGAAACACGUGAGGGAGCAGCUGGAGACCCUCCGGAAACUGCAGAGGAGGGAGGCAAGUACUGGCCACUGGCCUCACAGCCCCGGGUGGUGGGAGACAGCAGUGGCUCACAGAUUCUCUGCACAGGCAGCUAAGCGGUGGCUGCCGAGGGAUGAGGAGGGGCUGUGGCCUGUGGAGGAGGACCGCCUGGAGGACUCCCUGGAGGAGCUGGGGGCAGCAGCAGGUGACUUUCUAGAGCCUGAAGAGUACGCAGAGCCUGACGGGGCAGAGCCUGAGGACGCUGCAGACCUGGAAGCAGAGGCCAUGCCGGCAUCCCUGAGCUACGAGGAGCUGGUCCGGAGGAACGUGGAGCUCUUCAUCACCACGUCUCAGAAGUUCGUUCAGGAGACGGAGCUGAGCCAGCGUGUCAGGGACUGGGAGGACAGCAUCCAGCCCCUGCUCCAGGAGCAGGAGCAGCACGUGCCCUUUGACAUCCACCUGUACGGGGACCAGAUGGUCUCAAGGUUCAGUCAGCUCAACCAGUGGUGUCCCUUUGCGAAGCUGGUGGCGGGCCAGCCUGCCUUUGAGGUGUGCCGCGCCAUGCUGGCCUCUCUGCAACUGGCCAACGACCACACGGUAGAGAUCACCCAGCAGCCAGGGCUGGAGGCGGCUGUGGACACCAUGGCCCUGAGACUGCUCACGCACCAGCGGGCCCACAAGCGCUUCCAGACCUACACCGCCCCCUCCAUGGCUCAGCCCUGAGUGGGCAGCCCUGUCCCCCAUGAUGUUGGGCACACAUCUAUCUGCUCACUUCACACCUGCUUCCUGGCUGGCCCAGCCUAAUAAAGUGGUGUUGCCACUCCA